UUUCUUUAAUACGGUAAUACUUGGAUAUUUUGCUGAAAGUCGAACAUUGAAAAUAAAACGUAUCUAGUGCAAAGUGCUCCAAAAACUGCUAUAAAUUACAGAUUAAAGUUUAGCGCUACGCGAACACCUUGUUCGACGUACAAUGUUUAGGAUUCGCGUUAAAAUGGGGCCGCAACGCAAUCACAACAACAAUGGCAACACCAGCAACGGCCGCAUCAACAAGCAGUGGACGUGCUGUUUUGGUCUUCAUGUGCAUACCGCCACGCUAAUGAUUGGCCUAUGGCAUCUGUUUCUCAACAUUUUGGCUUUGAGUGUUUUGGCUGUCAUCUGGCGCAAUCCCGAAAUGAUGGACGAAUUGGAAAGCACUCAUGAUUUUAAUGUGGAUCCCAAUGCACCCGCUUUGCCUACUCCGUUGAGUAAGGUGGAUCCGCCCUACGCCUAUCGCGAUCAUUCCUUUAGCUAUCGUAACCGACACCACAACUUUGACAUGGGUGGACUGGUGUGCACCUGCAUGAUAGCCAUAACGCUCAUGAUGAUUUAUGGCACCAUCAAGGGCAAGCCGUCGCAUUUGCUGCCCUUCUUUUGCCUGCAGCUAUUUGACUUUGCCAUAACUACUUUGACAGCCGCUGGCUACCUCUGCUAUUUGCAGGCUAUACAUCGCAUUAUUGCCGAUUCGCAUCGUUUGCCCUGGCGCGAGAAGCUAUUGGAGCUGCCUCCAGAGGAGCUGAUUGUUGUAGUGCUGGUCGUUUUCAUUUGCAUUGUGUUUUUGAAGGCCUACUGCAUUGGCAUUGUCUGGCGUUGCUACAAGUACUUGACACUGCGUCAACGUCAUCUCUGCAUGCCGCUCUAUGUGCGUCCAGAGUUGGGUGUGCGCAACAGCCUUCCGGCUGAUUUUCGUCCUGACGAGCGCCUCUCUACUUUGUUACCCAAUUAUGAAGAGGCGGUAGCACAGUAUUUGAAGCAGGCACCGCCACCAUCCUAUCAGGUAGCCAUGUCCAACUAUGAAGAGGAAGGAGCUGCUGGUUCAGUAGAUGGAGCUGCUGCUGCAGCUAGAUGUGAUGCUUUGGUGGUGGCUCUCACUGAUGCACCCCAUGCAGGCGAUGAUGAUCAAGCUAUGGAUAACAACAAUGAUACUCCCAACAACAACAACACGGAGCAUGUGAAUGCCAACACGCCGCCCAUGCGACGUAACGAGCAAGCUGCAGCUGACAAUGCGGCAGACUCUGAUGAGGAAGCUGUUAACGAUAACAUGGAUGAUGAACUGGAGGUUAUUAUAGCUGGUGAGGAAGUUGUCGGCAUACAGCCACCGCCACCGUACAAUGAUGCUGUCGUCGCUGAGGUACCAUCGCCCACGCAUGCGUCGUUAAAUCGUAAGGAGAAUCUGCCUGGUCAGGUGGAUGGUCGUGACGAAAGUCAGGCCUAAGUUGUGAUUUCAUUUAACGCUGAUUCUCAUUAUUAUUGUGUUGUGAAGCAUUCUUGCCGCGUUUAGGCUGGCCCGUAACUAUACAAAACCCGCUUUUGCAAUCUGCCACGCACAAUAUUUGCUUACAACAAUUGCAUUCAGUUAUAAUUUAGUAGAGAGCAACUAACACAAACAAAACAUUCUAUGUGUGUAGUUUAUAUCAACAUCAAAUCAUGCAUAUGCAAGAAAAUAUUAAUUGGAAAUAGUCAAGGGUGCCACAGAAAUCACCAGUAAAAAACAGCACAGGAACUCAGCAGGAUUUUACGAAUGGCGGACGAAAUUAAAUUGCAGCGAAAGUGAAUUUAGUGGCUCCCCUGAUUGUAUUAUAAAAUUAAAAUACCGUGCAAGAAGCUUAGACCUUUAACAGUCGCAUUAUAUUGUUAAAAAUCUUUACUAAUAACCAUAUGUACCAUAUGUGAGUUAUCACAAUGAGUAUGCGGCUCAUAUUUAAAAUAUCUGAUAUAUAUAUAUAUAUGUAUCUGUAUGUGUAUGAAUAACCUCUCAUAUUUUGCUCUACAAAUCUAUUGUAAACUCAUGUGCAUGUAACUUAUACUUUGAAGGCAGCGCCUGCUCUGACAUGCACUAAUUUGUUAAAUAUUUGCUAAACUUUAAACUUAAUUGGUAUUUAAAUUUGUUUUAUUAUUUGUUUUUUUUACUAUACAUAUGAAUUUUACCAAGUAAAGUGCAAGUAGUUGUUACCAAAAAAAAGUGAGAAUACGGAAAAAUGCUAGAAUGAAAGUUUAUAUAUCUAUGCUCUAUAAUUUAAGCUAACUUUUAAGACUAAGCAUAGUUUAAAAUUGUAUAAUUAUGUUUUUAAUUCAUCUUGUAU